UCAUUAGACUUCAUCAGUCUUCAUAACAAGCUAAUCUAGCUACUCAACUAUAUCACAAAGAACUUUAUCCAAUCUCUAUCUUUUUUUUUCGAACUCAAUCAUCAAGAUGGCUUCAGUCGACAGUGCUACUGCUGCCCUAGAUUCCCUUGAUCUCAAAGAUGCUAUCAAGAACAAAUUAGCAACUGUAGAUCACAUUAAUGGAUCUGAUACCAUUGAUCGAACUCGAUUCGUUGGAAAUCCCGAUAUCACUUGUGAUGCGGAAGAACCUUUAUUGAAGGAAGAUGGUCAUCGCUUUGUCCUAUUCCCAAUCAAAUAUCACGAAAUUUGGGCAUCCUACAAGCGAGCCGAGGCUUCGUUUUGGACAGCUGAAGAGAUCGAUCUUUCAAAGGAUAUGCACGAUUGGGAAAACAGGUUGAACGAUGAUGAGAAACACUUUAUUAAACACGUCUUGGCUUUCUUCGCUGCUUCAGAUGGAAUUGUCAACGAGAACUUGAUUGAAAGAUUUAGUGGAGAGGUUCAAGCGGCUGAAGCCCGAUGCUUUUAUGGCUUUCAGAUCAUGAUGGAGAACAUUCAUUCGGAAGUCUAUUCGCUUCUGAUUGAUACUUACGUCCGAGAGCCAAUAGAAAGGUCACAUCUUUUCGACGCAAUUGAUACCAUUCCUUGCAUACGUAAAAAGGCCGAUUGGGCUCUGAAAUGGAUUUCGGACAAGCAAUCCACUUUUGGGGAACGCUUGAUUGCUUUUGCUGCGGUUGAGGGAAUCUUCUUCUCUGGAUCCUUUGCCUCGAUUUUCUGGCUCAAGAAACGUGGCUUGAUGCCUGGUCUAACCUUUUCAAACGAGUUGAUUUCUCGCGAUGAAGGCCUCCACACAGACUUUGCUUGUCUACUUUUCUCUCACCUCGAAAGGCGGCCGCACCCGGAUACCGUUCAAGCUAUAAUAUCACAAGCAGUUGAGAUUGAGAAGGAGUUCUUGUCAGAUGCAUUACCCUGCAAGUUGAUUGGUAUGAACGCGGAUUUGAUGUGCCAAUACAUCGAGUUUGUCGCUGACCGCCUCUUGGUUGCCUUGGGCAAUGACAAAUUCUACAACGCUGAAAACCCAUUCGACUUUAUGGAAAUGAUCUCAUUAUCCGGGAAGACUAACUUUUUCGAAAAGCGAGUCUCAGAUUAUGCUAAGGCUGGUGUGAUGACGCGAUCGAAGGGUGAAGAUGGAGCUGAUGCCAAAGAAGCUGGUGGAGGUGGUCUCUUUUCGCUAGAUGAGGACUUUUAA